UGCAUCGACGACACAGACCAACCGAGUCCGGUCCCCAUUCCUUUCCUGACAACGACCGACAGUCAGUCAUGUUCAUAUGAAGAGCAAGCCCGGUGGAGCGAAUUUCAUGGACCCUAACCAACCAACCUAACACGACCACACCUGCCCUCCCCUAGCUCGACACGAACCGCCCAUGAUAUAAUGGAGAACCUCUCCAUCUCCGAUGCCCCUCCGCAGGGGGCCCCUCCAUCCCAAGGACGCGGCGUCGUCCCGCAGGCGCCGCCCCAGCUGCCGCCGCAGAUGUUUACCACGGCCGCGCAGCUGCUGGACCUCACCGACAAGAAACUCAUGGUCGCUCUGCGCGAUGGAAGGAAGCUUAUUGGAGUGUUGCGAAGCUGGGACCAAUUCGCCAAUCUGGUCCUCCAAUCAACGACAGAGCGCAUCUUCGCCACCAACCCGGCCUCCCUAGAGACCGACCGACCCACUGGCAUCUACGCCGAUGUGUCGCACGGCAUCUUCCUCGUGCGCGGCGAGAACGUCUUGCUCCUCGGAGAGAUUGACCUGGACAAAGAUGACGACCCGCCACCUGGCUUUGAGCCCGCCGAGCUCGAGCUCGUCAAGCGCCUGGCUGAGGAGAAGAAGGCCGAGGACAAGGUGCGAGAGAAGGCGCGGUUGAAGAAGCUCGCCAAGCUGGGAUUUGAGGGAGAGAACCUUGGAGAGAUCCUGCUCUAGAGCUAGCAGAACGCAACUAUUGGUUCCGAUUUUUAGAUGGAAGGAAAUGGAAAGGACGGGGACGGGGAGCAGUCGUGACGGUUACAGUUGUUACUCCGGCUAGAAACAGGGGGUUACUGGGCAGAAUAUUGUGAAAUGCCCUUUAGCCGAAACCCGAAUAGGACGACUUUCUGACUGAGGAGUCGGUCCUGGGACCUGAGACCUUGCGGGCGAUCAUGCCGA